GAGAACAGUUUAAUGGUAUGUAAUGUAUAAUGGCAUAGGCUAAAUAAAACAAAGUAGACAUUCAUUUAGUAGCACCCUCUUGAAUUUACCCAUAUUCCACUACAUUCUAGAAAACGUUGUGUUUUAACGCCCAGAGAAUCCAGUGUAGCUCUACUGGAAAAGCCAGCCGACUUCACCACAACACAUGUCUCUGUGCUGCUUCACUCGUGACAAGUACAGCGACAUGUGCAUAUCAACUCUAAUGAUGCGGAGACACCGUCACUGAACUAACUACAUGGCAAUUCUGUCGAAUAAAUACCUAUUUUACACUGCAGAGAGAAGACGACGGACGCACAGACUCUCUGCCGUCCAUCUCUAUUUCCCAUCCCUUUGUCCUUCCAUCUCUCUGUCCCCCUGUGGAUAUUCCAGAUAUGUGACCUGCUCCAUGGAGUUUGCUGUAGAUGGCUGAGGAGCUGUGUACCGGCUGGUUUCGCAUUGUCGCAGGCUCCUUGGAGAUAGAGGAAUGCAAAUCUGCAAUCAUGAUGGAAGGAUUGAAAAAGCGUACCAGGAAGGCCUUCGGGAUACGGAAGAAAGAGAAGGGAGACAAGGACAAUGACUCAACGGGGUCCCCUGACAGAGAAGGGGGUGAUCCCCAAGAGAUUGAAUCGUCACAGAAGAAAGCCAAUGGUGCGGCUGUCAAUGGAUUCUCUGGAGAGAUCGACUGGGACAGAUAUAACACCCCUACGGUGGACGAUGAAGGUUACAGUCUCAGGCCAGACGAGGAGGAGGGGCCAGGAUCAGCUGGCCCCAAACCACCCAAGGAACACUUCUUCUCCUCCAGCGAGUCGGAGGGAGAGGAGGACCACCGUAAAAAGUUUAAGAUCAAGAUUAAACCAUUACCAGUGGAAAGUGCCAACUGUUUGGCCCCCUCAGUAGAUGAACUCAAAGCCUCCAUAGGCAACAUAGCUCUGUCUCCUUCUCCUCUGAGGAGUAGUCCGAGACGUAGCCCGGGGUUGAUGACAAAGGACUCUGGUGAAGAGAUACAGGUGGCUCGGCCAAGACGUCCUGCACCCAUUGAGGUCCCCACAUUGGCAGCCCCGGCGCUACAAGUUCCCAGAAGUAAGAGAGCCCCAGCAGUACCAGUACCAGAGAAGAAAGCAGCGCCAGUACCAGAGGACACUGCAGCCUUAUUUGGGCCUCCGCUGGAGACAGCCUUCGGAGAGCAGAAAACUGAAGUGGGUAUAUCUGAGCCAGUGGUGUGUGGCGUAUGGGGUGCUCCUCUACCUGAGUCUGAGUCACUGAGCCCAGACUUCUCUUUCACAAGACCCUUCCCUACAGGCACUCCGCCCCCGCUUCCGCCCAAGAAUGUCCCGACCUCCCCCCCACUGACUGGCUCCCCCUCUGCAGAUGCUGCUGGUUUGUCAAUAAAGGCAGAAGGCUCAGGGAGGAAGACCUCCGUCCCAAACCUGGAUAACAUUUUUGGCCCAGCGGAACCCCCUGCUUUUGGCGAGGAAUCUGUCGACAAGUGGAUCUGCUUCAGCGAGGAGGAAUCCACAGCCUCUGAUAAACCACCCCCUCCAAUGUCCCCACCCCCUCCAGAAGACCCCCCGCCCCUCCUGUACCCACCUCCCCUCUCCCUCUGGAUGACCCUGUCCCUGCCCCCCUCUCUCUCCCCUCUUCCCACCUCCCUCCCCCACAGGAAAAACCUGUCUCUCCAUUACCCACCUCCCCACCCCCUACAGAUGAACCAGUGCCCCCUACCCACUGUCCCACCCACACAGAAAGACCCUACACCCCCACCCUCACCACUUCCUCCAAAGGACCCUACACCACCCCCCACUCCCACACCCACUGUAGUCCCCACUCUCGACUUAACCUCCAGCAUCGCCCCUGCUCCCCUUGUCACCUCACCCACCAGCGUUGCACCUGUUCCCUCUGCAGUUCCCUCUUCUCCCAAAGCAAGCACACCUGUCUCCCCCACCAGCCCCCCUGCCCCUGUGGAGGCACACUCACGCACCAUUCCCCGGCCCCUUGUCUUGGCCACGGAGGAACGGAGGAGUCCUGAAGCAGCAGCUCUGCCUGUCCCACCUGCCCCUCCGAAAGAGGACCUCAGUGAAACAACCACCACCCUGUCACCCAAAGAUGCUGGCCAGGUUUCCCGUGUAGCGCCUCCCCCUCCUCCACCCCCUACAUACAGGGCAGUGGUGUCCUCACCAGGACCAACGACAGGGGGUACGGGUAGUGGAGCGUCCUCUCCGGCUCGACCUGCUACACCGUCAGCUCCAUCAGCUGUUGUCAGCAGCCCCACCCCACCCCCACCUCCGCCACGCCCUUCCUCACGACCCAAACUGCCUCCUGGGAAACCUAGCAUGGGGGACGUGAGCCGGCCUUUUAGUCCCCCGGUCAGUCACUCGUCCAGCCCCCCUCCAGUCGCCCCCCUGGCUCGGGCCGAGAGCACUUCCUCCAUCUCCUCCAACAACUCCUUGAGUGCAGCCACCACCCCCACCGUCGGUAAAGAUCUCACUGUCUCUGUGUCAGAGAAUGACCAGCCUUCCCUGGUUUGGUUUGACAGAGGAAAGUUUUAUUUAACCUUUGAAGGCUGCUCCAGGGGCCCCAGCCCUCUCACCAUGGGGGCCCAGGACACCCUUCCGGUGGCGGCAGCUUUUACUGAAACAGUCAAUGCCUUCUUCAAAGGAGCCGACCCCAACAAGUGUGUUGUGAAGAUCACAGGUGAGAUGGUGCUGUCGUUUCCAGCGGGGAUCACUCGGCACUUUGCCAAUAACCCGUCCCCUGCCGUGCUAACCUUCAGCAUAACCAACUACAGCCGGCUGGAGCAUGUGCUGCCUAACCCCCAGCUACUCUGUUGUGACACCGUCACAACACCCAACCCUGACUGCAAGAACUUCUGGGUGAACAUGCCAAACCUGAUGACCCAUCUAAAGAGGGUGGCUGAGCAGAAACCCCAGGCCACAUACUACAAUGUGGACAUGCUCAAGUACCAGGUAUCAGCGCAGGGCCUCGUUUCGACACCCCUGAACCUGGCAGCCAGUUGGCGGUGUGUGCCCACCAGCACGGACCUCCGAAUAGACUACAAAUACAACGGCAGCGCCAUGACAACACCCGUGGCUCUCAACAACGUCCAGUUCCUGAUCCACGUGGACGGAGGGGUCACCAAGCUACAGGCUGUGCUUCCCCCCGCCGCAUGGAACGCAGAGCAGCAGAGAAUCCUGUGGAAGAUUCCUGAUAUUUCCCAGAAAUCUGAAAAUGGAGGCGUUGGCUCAUUGUUGGCACGGUUCCAGCUGUCGGAGGGUCCCAGUAAGCCCUCUUCCCUGGCGGUCCAGUUCACCAGUGAGGGCAGCACUCUGUCAGGCUGUGAUAUAGAGCUGGCAGGGCCCGGGUACCGCUUCUCACUCGUCAAGAAGAGGUUCGCAGCAGGAAAAUACUUGGCAGACAACUGAUACUCCACCCUACUACUGCACAACACUACUGAACAAAUACACUGAACGUCAUCAUCUCAAUGGACUUCGACUAAUGGAAACCUACAACACCACCACCUCCCUACAGACCGACAUACAAACACUCCUUUCUAAACCCGCAAGAUAGACAGGCCCAGGCCACACCGCCUACUGUACCCAGCAGUAUUGUAUAACUUGCAUUUAGCGUUGUGGACAGUUUUAAAGGUGUAAUUAUUGUAUUUGUAAAAUGUAUUCAUUUCAGAACAUCUGUAUUGCUGCAGUUAUAGACAUCCAUCCCAGGUUUACCCUCUCUAAAGCUACAAGUCUCCCUCCCCUCUCCAAGAUGUGGUGAUGUUUAACCCUUAACGCAGCUGCCUAGCUAAUCAACCGCACCGCAACCACAAACCCACGGUUUCAAUGGUGAACAAAACACUAUUUAUUUUAGACGCAUUAACAAAGAUGUUAUGCUAAGAGAGGAUGAGGAUGCAUGUAAAAGAAGACUGCUUGGUUGUGUCAUUGCGUGAACUAUAAAUGAAUAGGCGCACCAUGAUGUUUCGCUCUCGCCAAAAUCUUUUCAAAAUAAGCCUAAUGUGCUUCCUUUUGGACUUAAGCUUUGUCGCCUGCCUUCCCGCCUUUGGGACGACUCCUCCCAAUGUUAGGGGCCGGAGACCUGAGCAUCUCGUCAUAAUAUACAGAUCUCUGGCUUAACAGAGAGGCUAGUUCUUCCUCAUGCUGCCUCUCGCAUGCCUGUGAUUGGACACAGUUAGAGCUAUCAUAGGAUUCUGGGUAAUGGAGUUUUUAUACUGUUAGCUUCAACAGUUGAUUUGUUAGCAUGCCCUCUACAAAGGCACAACAGGGGUCAAAGGACAUUGUUUAUUUGGAUGAUGUAAUUCACCACCACACUCCUCCUCUCCCUUCUUUGAAUGCACUGAUUUAAUACCCGGUUGAAGCAUUUACUCUCAUAAUUCUCCUGAGUCCUGAGUAGUUGGGCAGCUGCAAGAAUAAGUCAAUUCCUGGUUGCAAUAUAAAACAAAUAUAAGACGUUUCCCUUUAGAAAAACCUGUACAAAGUGUCAUUUUAAAUUGAUAAUAUAUAUCUUAAAGGGCGUUUUGGUGUUUUCCUUGUAUUGUCAAAGAGCCUUUGUUGUUCCUGAGACAGCAGUGGCAGACUUACUUCAGAGUACAUUACAGCAUUCUAUUUGUAUUUAUUGAUGAUAAUGAUUUAUUGUAUAAAGUAUGUGAUUCUGUAUAUGAAUAUAAUUUGAUGGUAUCACAAUUUAGAAUCCUUAAAGGUAUACAUAUUUGAAUGAUCUUUUUUGUUAUUUGUGUAGUUGGGUAACCUGUGUACAGUAUAAUGUAUAAGGUAUAAUUUUUUGAAUUUAUUUGAGAUAUAAUUUUUUAAAACACAAGUGCAACAGACAAUUUGAGGUAUAUAUGGGCAUUGGGUGGGAGGGAGUAUAAAAUGACAAGAAAAAAAACCAAGAUGAAUAACGACCUGGAUGUGUACGUCAUGCUUUAUGAAAGUUCUGACCAUGGAUCGUCAGUCAGCUUUUGACCAUUUUAGGCCCUAUUCCCAUUCACCGCGAUGCGUUCCUACCCACCUGAAACCCCCUGAAUGGAUAUUAUUCUGCAUCAAACAGCAUGACCACUCCCCUUCCAAUCAAACCAACCAGCGCUUGAAUCCAUGGCUUUAUUUUGCAUAAUGGUAACGGUCUCUGUGAGAUGACAUGGUGACGAGGUUUUUGGAGGGAGGUUAGAUGACCAAAACGCUUUUUUUGUAUUUAUGUGUGUGUACUCCAGACAGUCCUCUAUAAGAGCGAGAAAUAAGCUGAAUAUUUUUAAAACUGACACAAAAGAAAGACAGAAAAAAGAUAUUGUUUCAUGUGAAAAGCACUGUGCUGAUAAUGUUAUUAACUCCCUGAAUGCUCUGAUCUUCAACAUAGAGAACAAAAAUGUGUGUGAUGACAUUUAACUUAAGAGGUCUCCUCAUGUAGGCAUCGUAAAUAUGUUUAAAAAAAUAAUAUCUGUGCUUCAUGAAGCUACAUAGCACCAUCGAUUAUGCCGGUCAUAGAAGUGUCUUAGAGGGUGUUGCGCUGUGAUUACAUGUUGAUUGCAUGUGGUCUGAACAUAAAGCAGGCGUUUCUAUGUAAGGCAUUAAUGAAUGGUGUGGUGCAGCUCUCCAGACAGCAGUUGAGUAACAAGGGUUCAUGUGAAAGUUUUCCGGCAUGGAUAAUAUAAUGUACUUCUACAUACAUUUACGGUAUAGUCCUGAAGUCAAGUGCUCCACCAACCAACUCUAUGACCUGUUGUUUUGUUAAAUGUGAGAACUGAAGACCAGAGCAGAGAGUGUGUCUGUGUGUGGCGUGCUAAGCCAGACUGCUUUGGGUUCUGUACUCGUUCUCUAUCAAUCACCUGUGCAAGCUGUGUUUGUACAGACCAAUGUUAAGAGGAACUGAUGGGGAAACUUAGUUUGCUUCUUUCCAACCAAAAAAAAAACAACAAUAAAAGUUACGAGCUGGACACAUGUUGUAUGGAGCUCUCUUUUCUCUUUGCAACUCACAACGGAAGUGUUUCUCCCCUCUCGAAUGCAGUCUAUUCAAUAUGUCCUCCACCCAUUUUGACUUCUGAUGUGCGGCACAGCCCGUCGAGGUUGGCUGUAACUGCAUCGUCUUUUAAGCCUUCCUGCGAAUACGCAGCUGUUUAUGAUUGUGUGCUACGAGGGAUGUCAAACGGAGAUGUUACUGUAUCAUGAUUAGCCUUGUGGUUUAAUUCAAUGUCCUGUAUAUAUUUCUGUUUGCUUCGUUUAUAUUUCUAUGGAUAUAUUUGUUUUGUUUUUUCAUGAAUUUGUGUUAUCCAAUGCACAGGAUACUGAAUAUGCAAUUGUUUAAUGUAACGUACCGUACUAAUGACAUGUUAUAAACGUAUGCGGGAUGACCUACUAUGCUAUCAAGAUUUUCAAUCAUUGUCCGUUUUCUUGGAAAUAAAGUAGGCGUAUCAAUUUG